ACCCAACCUUGUUAGCUAGACCAGUUUGUCCUUGUGUCAAUACAUUAUCUUCUAACUUAAAGAUAAUAUUGCUGGUGUAUACAAAGAGACAUCCGACCUCUCAGACAAUGUCUCGUCCUGGCACCACGCUCUAUGUCACCGGUUUCGGGCACGGAACUCGAGCUCGCGACCUUGCCUACGAAUUCGAACGUUAUGGGCGCCUUGUCCGGUGUGACAUCCCAGCACCGCGUACUCCUUCCAGCAGACUGUUUGCCUUCGUGGAGUAUGAGAGUCGUCGUGAUGCCGACGAUGCAUACCAUGAAAUGCAUAACAAACGAAUUGGACGUGAUGAUUUAUUGAAAAUUGAAUGGGCUCGCACUCCACCAUCUGCUUCUUGGAGGUUUGAUUCUGGCCGGGACCGCCGGCGAGAUCGUACACCGCCACGCCGUGGUCGUUCACCGUCGCCUCGCCGUGCCCGUGGCGAUUAUUCUCCUCGUAGGGACGACAGGUACGAACGGGAUUACGACCGACAUGAUCGUGAUUAUGACCGGCGCGACCGGGAUUAUGACCGACGUGACCGUGACUAUGAUCGCCGUGACCGUGACCGCGAACGUUCCCGUGACCGUUCUCGUAGCCCUGAUGAGAGAGAGCGUGAUGUCAAAGAUGAUAGGGAACGCCGUGACGAUGAACGUGAGCGCCGUGACGAUGAGCGUGAGAAUGGCCCAAAUGGAGAAGAGAGAAAAGCUCUUCUAGACCCUUUAACUUCUGCCCAUGAUGAACUUGAUACUGCUGAGUAG